AUGGGUUUAGCUGGAACCGGUGCAAUCAGUGGUGACAUCAAUUUCGAUCCCAUAGGCUAUAGCUUCAUUUUCAUUAACAACCUAUCGACAGCAGCUAAGGGGCUGCUGACGAAGUCGCGACUUUCCAAGCAUAAUUUCUCGAGCACAACUCUCCUCUUUUACAAUUCGAUCUUCAUGUUUCCGUUCAUGACUUUCCUCGCUGUAUAUACCGGUGCGAUUCAACCCGUCGUUGAAUUUUCACUAUGGACAAAUGGCUUUUUCGUGGCUGGAUUCAUCUUUUCGUGUCUAGCAGCGGUGACUUUGCAAUUCCUUACCUUUGAAUGUACGCGUCUAACUUCGGCUCUCACAACAAGCGUCGUCGGGGUUAUGAAGAAUACAAUUGUCUCCUAUGGGGGGAUGUUCGUGGGCGGUGAUUACGUCUUUACGGUCGUCAACUUCUGUGGAGUGACUAUUGGCACGAUCGGAGCGAUAACCUACGGUGUCUCAAUGUAUUUGAGCAAACAGGUGAAGCUUGGGAUUCUGACUUCGACAAAAGCAUAG